CUGAAAGAACGGCAUCGCGAGGCCCCACCCAAUCAGAGGUCAGCGUCUGUCUCACCGCUGCGUGUGGGCCCGUCGUCAAACGAAUGGCCCACAUCGUCUUCCUCCGCACGGCCGCCGCCGACCUCACCGCCGGCAAGCCGCCGCUCCGGGGCGUCCCGGCCUCGGCCCCGCUCUCAGCGGCAGCUGCGGCCAUCCCGGCGUCACAGGAGGCCGCCGUGGCUGUUUGGCGCGACGGCGCGUCGCCCCUGGCCCCCGCCGCGGCCACCGUGGUCGGCCUGCUCAGCUCGCUCGACGUCGUCGCCUUCCUGGCCUCGCACGUGGGCGGCGCGGCCGCGGCGAUGAGGACGCCUGCCGGCGACGUGGUGGCGCACGAGCCGGAGCUCGUGCGAGAAGUGGAGCCCCACGCGAGGUUGAUAGAAAUAGUGGAGCUGAUGAAGCAGGGAGCAAGGCGCGUCCUGGUGCUCAAGAACAUCACGGAAGCGUGCACGGUGGACAAGAAGCCGUUCGCGCCAUUCUACAAGGCUGUGAUGAAGAUCACCGGCACGCCGCGUGCGGUGGCGCCCCCCUCGCAGACCGUCAGCAUGUCGCCGACGACGACGUUCGGCUGCGACAGGUACUGCUGCCUGACACGGGAAGACAUCGUCCGCUUCCUCAUCAACUGCCUCGGCGCGCUCGCGCCGACCCCGCUGCAGUCCAUCUCCUCCCUCGGCGUCAUCAACCGAGGCUACGCCCACGUCGAGGCGUCCCUGCCGGCCAUCGAGGCCGCCAGGGGGGUUCCCACGGGGCUCCGCGCCGUCGCUGUCGUGCAGACUAACCGCGACGGGUCGCACGCGAUUCUCGCCGACGUGUCCGCGCACAGGCUGUGGCGGCGCGACUACGUGGCCGCCGCGGACGCGAUGGCGAGCCUGUCAGCGCUCAACUUCGCCGCGGGCGUCGACGGGUACGGGGCGGCAGCGACGGCUGACGCGGACGGUGCGCGGCGAAGUGGGGAGGUCGAGGCGGCAGACGUCGCCGCGCGCUCGCCGUGGUUCAGCAGCAGGAGGGACGUCGGGUUCUCGGCGAGCCUCGCUAGCCAGAUGAUGAUGGCGAGCCACGGGGGGGAGCGCGGCGCUGACGUGCAGGCCCACGAGCUCGCUCGCCGCCGUCAUGGCGCAGAUGCUGUCGUACAGGGCCACGCACAUCUGGGUCACCGAAGGCGACGAUGACGUCUUGGUUGGCGUGGUUGGAUACAUGGAGAUCUUCAAGGCAGUCACCAUGGGUGUUGCUCCUCCAGCUUGAUUGGAGGCAAUUCGACGGGUUUUUCUUCUACUGUUUUCUGGUUGAUUUACUAAUUGGAAUAUAGUUAACCUUGUAGUCUUUUCAACGGUUUUCCUGUUAGUGACGUGAGUGAGUGAUCAUGUGUUUGGGUCAAGAAGAUCGUUGCUCAAAUGAAAGCUUGGCCUUCUCCAUCUUUUUAACAGAGAAAGUUCAUUUCUGUUAUCCUCAUGCCCCCUUGUGUCCCAAAGUUUAUCUAAAUUCAGGCAUUAUGAGUAUUUCAGUACGCAAU